AGGAGGAGGACGCCUCGUAGGCAGCAGCGCUGCCUGCCCGGAUCCCGCCUUGAGAGCGCUGCCAGCGGCGGACGGGGGAAGAAGGCAGACGUAAGCAGGCUAACUAUAGCAUCUCCCCGGAGCCGGGAGGGAGGCAACCUGGGCGCGCGGGCGAGAGGCGGGCAGCCUGCGCCAUUCCCGGAGCUGACCUGCCCGGCCGAGAAGCGGCGUCGCUACAGGUGACUCGGGUUCUCCACCACAUCCCACCCCCACCCCCACUCGGAGCAGAGGACAUGGGUCUGCCUUGGCGGCUCCUCGCGGUCCUGCUCUUGGCUCACCUGGGCUCGGCCGCCGAUGGCAGCCCGGGGCAGGCGGCGCCUGGCAAAGGGAAAGUGGCGAGAGAGAAGCAGGCGGUAUACCUCAGCGACAAGAGCGCGGCGGCUCCUCGGUGGAGCGGUUCCCCGGAGAAGAACCCCAUCUUGGCCCAGAGGCUGCCCCUGGAGGUGCCCGCCAAGGUGGCCUCGUUCCUUUACACGGGCGACUCGCGGGAGCUGAGGCACGCCAACUGCUCCGGGAGGUACGAGCUGGCUCCCCCCUGGGCCGGGAAGUCCCGCCUGGCCGCCUCGCACCCGUCGCUGCACGGCGCCCUCGACACGCUCCUGCACGCCACCAACUUCCUCAACACCAUCCUGCAGAGCAACCGGAGCCGCGAGCAGAACUUGCAGGAGGACCUGGAGUGGUACCAGAGCCUCAUCAAGAGCCUGCUGGAAGGGGACCCCAACAUCUCCCGGGCGGCCAUCACCUUCAACCUGGAGCCCUGGUCCUCGGCCCCGCAGGUCUUCCUCCAGGCCGUCCGGCAGGACAGCCAGAUCCUCCUGCAGGACUUGUCUCCCGGGGCUCACCGCCUGGCCAACGCCUCCAGCGAGACCGAGUGGUUCCACGCCUGGAAGCGCAAGGGGAGGCCGCACCAGCACCGCAAGGUCUUGAGUCCUCCCGGUGCCAAGGCUUUGGAGGGCAGCCUGAAGAGGAGGGAUGGGCACCCGGCGGCCUCCGAGAGGAGCCACAUCAAGUGGUCCUCUCCCUACCUGGAGUGUGAGAAUGGGAAUUACAAGCCGGCCUGGCUGGUCACCCUCUCGGCAGCUUUUUAUGGGCUUCAGCCGAACCUCCUUCCUGAAUUCAGGGGUGUUGUGAAAGUGGACCUAAACUUACAAAAAGUGGACAUUGACCAAUGUUCAAAUGAGGGCUGGUUUUCAGGAACUCACACAUGCCACUUAAAUAGCUCCGAGUGUGUGCCAGUGAAGGGCCAUGGAUUUGUACUCGGAGCCUACAAGUGCGUUUGUAAGGCUGGAUUCUAUCGUCCCAAAAUGUUUUCAAUGAACGGCUUUCACAGAAAGGUUGCAGAGAGCCAUUUUUCUGGAGGCGAGAUGUCGGAGAAAAUCUACAGCUGCUUACCCUGCAGGGAAGGAUGUUCUUACUGCACAGAUGAUACUCCCUGCUAUGCACAGGAGGACAAGUAUUUACGGCUAGCUAUCAUCUCAUUCCAAACUCUCUGUAUGCUGUUGGACUUCAUAAGCAUGCUCGUGGUCUACCGUUUUCGCAAAGCAAAGAGCAUUAAGGCAUCUGGUCUCGUUCUCUUGGAGACUAUCCUGUUUGGGUCACUGCUUCUUUACUUCCCGGUUAUCAUUUUGUACUUUGAGCCAAGCACAUUUCGCUGCGUUCUCCUAAGAUGGGUUCGCCUUUUGGGAUUUACUACUGUUUAUGGAACUGUUACACUCAAGCUGCACAGGGUUUUGAAAGUGUUCCUGUCACGGACUGUUCAGCGAAUGCCAUAUAUGACAGGCGGGCGCGUGAUGAAGAUGCUGGCUGUGAUAUUCCUGGUGGUGCUUUGGUUCCUAAUAGGCUGGACUGCUGCAGUCUGCCAAAACCUGGAGCGAAACAUUUCUCUCAUUGGCCAAGGACAAACCUCAGAUCAUCUGAUCUUCAGCAUGUGCCUGAUAGACCGGUGGGAUUAUAUGAUGGCUAUUGCUGAAUUUUUAUUCCUCUUGUGGGGCGUUUAUCUCUGCUAUGCAGUGCGGACCGUGCCCUCGGCGUUUCACGAGCCACGUUAUUUGGCUGUUGCGGUUCACAUUGAGCUCAUUAUCUCUGCUAUAUUCCAUGCAAUUAGGUUCAGUCUUGCCUCAAGACUUCAGUCUGAUUGGAUGCUGAUGUUGUUCUUUGCACACACACACUUGACUGUGACAGUCACCAUUGGGUUACUUCUGAUCCCGAAGUUUUCCCGUUCAAGCAAUAACCCGCGAGAUGACAUAGCUGCUGAGGCUUAUGAAGAUGAACUCGACAUGGGAAGAUCUGGUUCCUACCUGAACAGCAGCAUCAAUUCAGCUUGGAGCGAGCAUAGCUUGGACCCGGAUGAUAUUAGGGAUGAGUUGAAGAAGCUGUAUGCCCAGCUGGAGAUUUAUAAGAGGAAAAAGAUGAUCACCAACAAUCCACACCUCCAGAAGAAGAGGUGCUCCAAAAAGGGCUUGGGUCGUUCAAUCAUGCGAAGAAUUACAGAGAUCCCUGAGACAGUCACCAGGCAGUGCUCCCGGGAGGAAAAGGACUUUCUGGAGCAUGGGGUUUCGAAGAAUACUCCUGCGACAAAGAAGAACCCACCGGAUUCUGGGGGACACAUCAAACCAAAGGAAGAAUCCCUGAGGAACCGAGUCUUCUCGUUGAAGAAGUCUCACAGCACUUACGACCACGUCCGGGAACCGGCCGGAGAGCCUAACAGCUUAACAACAGAAAGCGUGGAGGUCAUCACAGCUACCGAGAAUUCCUUGCUGGAUUCUGCCCCUGGGAAAAAGACCGCAGACAAAGCGGAAGCAACGUCCACUGAAAACGUCCCUUUGGUUUGCAAAUCCGUGAGCGCUCACAAUUUAAGUGCAGAUAAGAAACCCCUUCACCCCAGAACGUCAGUGUUGCAGAAAUCGCUCAGUGUUAUUGCCAGUGCCAAGGAGAAAACGCUGGGGCUGGCCGGGAAAAUGCAAAGCGAAGAGGGCGGCAAGUCCCACAAGUCUCAGCAGAAGGGCAAAGAGGGGAGCAAGAAGCACUCGGGCGCCGAUAAAAGUGAGCAUAAGGAUUCACACCGGAAAAACUCUGCCCAUGCGGAUGAGGCGAAGAAGCCCCAUAAAUCUGGGAUAAUGAAGCAACAAAAGUCCAGUCAGGCAGCUGGAAACCCUGAGGCAGCAGCAGCAGAUAAGACCCUGCCAAAGGGCAAAGUUGACAUAGAAGAGGUUUGCCCUUGGGAAAUCUAUGACCAGAGCCCGGGGUCUGGGCUUUCUGAUUCUAAAGCUCAAAAGCACGUCUCCAUUGCUUCCUCUGAAUCAGAGAAGCAACCCUCUUCCCAGGCCAAGGGCAAAACGCCCCACAAGACUGUGGAAGGGAAUCAGCUUCCCAAUCAAAAGAGCACAGAUAGAUGUGAAGUCUGCCCUUGGGAGACCCAAGAAGAAGAACUGCCGAGUUCGAAGGCUCAGCGGGAUGUUCCCGGGAUAAAGGGCGAAAAUGCUAAUAAACAAUGUGCCCCCAGCGUUUCUGCUGGAGAUCCCAAGGAACUGCUCAAAAAGACAACAGCACAAACCACAGAUAUCAAUAAACUGGGAGGCCAGACAAAAAAUUCCUCCUCCUCUCCAGCAGGGAAUGUGCUUCCCUCUGAUUCUGCCAGGCCGGCAGCUAGUAACUCACAGCAACCUUUAAGGUCGCGUAUGGAAAUCUGCCCUUGGGAGUACGAGGCACCAGAGUUACCCAAAGGGGAGAAAAGUAUAGCUUUAUCGAACGCUACCAGUUUAAGCUCAAAUAAAAUGGCGGCGCAUCCUAAAUAAAGAGGACUUAUUAGAGUGUUGGGAAGAGAAGCGAACACCUGAAUGAGAAAGGGCUGAAAAAAAGGGAGGGGGGAAAGGUCCCAAGGAUCUUCAAAUUCCAAAGGAGCAUCAGUUCAGCAGGCAACGAGCACCUUCACUACAUAGGAACUAGGCAAAGUGAAUUGUCUCUUGUUUGUUUGUUUAUUGUUGAGUGCCAACGGGGUUAUCAGUGCGAUCCAGAAUAUGAGGAACUGUGGCCCUUCCCUGUCCCCCAAAAAGAGUUUACAUUCCAAAUGAGCGAAAACAUGCCUUUAGAAAUAAUUUAUUUUUUUGGUAAUAAUGUGUGGGGUUGGUAAGUAGGCGACAUCAAAGUAAUGAAGAUCAAAUGUAAUUAUUCCUAAAGGCCCUGUAGUGCAUAAUGUGGGUUACGAAUUCAUUAAAUGUCAUAAAAUCUAAUGGAGUUGUUCUGAAAGGCCUCGGAUCAGAUGUAGGAUACCACCGAGACUCGAAGCAAAUGGAUGCAGAGAUAAAAUUGUUUGCUGUGGGAGCAACUCCAGAAACGAAAACGAAACAAAGAAAAGCAUGGCUUUUCACUUUCACAGGAUCAUAGAAUUGCAGAAUUGGAACCCAGCCCCCUCCUUAUCUCUGCCCUUGAUAGCACUGCUAACUUAAUGCACCCCCCUCCCCAAUUAUAUUUUUAUAUGAUUGCUCUCAUUUUUCUUAUAAAUGUAUGUACUCUGUGUCUCAUAUUUAAGCAUUCCAGUUUGUAUAAUGUUUGCAAAUAACUUUGAUAUGAUUAUGUGACACAACACAUUUAUGCAAUCUGCAGGUAAAAUCGAAUGUGUGCAAUUUUAAAAGCAAAACUUGCUCUAGAAAUUGGUUGAUUUCUAGGACUUACAGCAAAGCUCCCACAGGCUCAUUGAAGCUGUAAGAAAACACACUGG